AUGGCAACACGAACGAUAUUGCAGCCGAAUCGGGCUUACGAUCACAUCUAUGAUCCGGUCUACACGACCUCUCACGCAAAUGACCAUUACCGGCAGACCAGCAAGGCGAUGUUCAAUGCCCAGCGCAUUGAGCGAGUUCCGGACGACAAGUACCUCUUCUCCGAGCUGCCGCACUACCCGCGCUGCACCAUCCAGGUGACAAGCAAAGAGGCGCUCCCAAGACACGUGGACAAGGACUGGUUCUCCCCCGUGGAGAAGGGGGCUGAUCCCAACCAGGAUGUCGUGUAUGGAAGCCAUCGCUUUAAGUUCCAGGCGUGGCCGAACAAGCAGAUGCUGAGUACGCUGCCGCACAUCGUCCAGUAUGCCUUCAAGUCGAGCCACGGGUCUGGCUUUCAAGCGGAAGGCGUCGCUGCGGCUGAGCCACCCACGAAGACAGUGGGCACGCAGUCGGUCUUCCGGGAGUCUGAAGCGCAGACAGACCCCUACUCGCCGGACUACCAGAUCCAGCCGAAUCAGGUGCCCGAGGUUCUGCAGCUGACGCACUUGACCUAUGGAGCCGGCCUCCCAGCCACGGAGGCAGAGCUGCAGAUUAUCGAGCGGACGAGGCAGAAGCGUCUGUUCAAGCAGAUGCUGCCACCUCCUUGUGACGAGUUCGGAAUGGAGGUGCGCGUGCAGCUGAUGGAGGCCCAGGAGUUCCGCGAAUGGGCGGAUCGUGAGCGCACCAUCAAGGAUCUCCAGGACAAGCGGCUGAAGCUACUGGAGCAGGCUUUGUUGGAGCGUGACGUGAAGCGCGAGGAUGCGCAGGUCAGCAAGGUGGAGCGCGUCAGGCAGCGAAAGGAAGAGGAACGAGAUCGUAAGCUGGCCGCCUGCCAGCGGCUUCGAACCAAGGUACUCCGGAAGAUGCAGAAAGAGCGAACACGCGCAGAUGCUCCGACCACGAAGCGCGACGUGAUCGCCGAAUACGCCGACUUCACGUCGGAGGUGUAUGCUCCUUUGGCACGUCAUGGCCAUGUGCCGGACUACAACACUGCCAAAAUUGAGGUGCAGCCAUCCGAUUUGUCAACUUUCCCUGGUUUGGUCCAGCUGGAAGCGUCUCUUCAUCCGUCGGUGCUCCGUGCACCGGAAAAGCAUCCGAAGGAUAUGGAUAAGAAGAAGAAGUCCAGCCACCAGGUGCGCAAGGAGAAGCUGCAGGACCGGACUACAGUCGAGCGGAAGGUCUGGCAGUGGGCGAUGGUAGGCCAGGGAUGCUCAACGGAGUCAUGCCUGGCGGUGCUCGUCAUCCCUCACCGGGUGAUGGGAACGCCAGGGGAGGCAGCGUUGAUCGUCCCCAAGGAGGGCCAGCUACUGUGGCUGGACAACUUGGACCUAGCCAACAAGAAGCUACACAGCAUGCCCAGCAAGCAGCCACACCGCAUGAGCAGCAGCUACCUCAGCCUGGUCAACAAGGAGUACCACAGAGUGUGCAACGACAGUCAGGCAUGUCUCCUUCUUUGGUGUCAACUCAGCAAGACCUACAACAACCACCUUCCCAAGAACCUGCAGGAGACCUACCACGUGGUUCGGAGCCUGAGUUACGUCAAGGGCAUCACAUGGAGCAGCAAGCCGCAGAAGCUUUGGACAGAGGAAGAUGGAUCUUCGAGCAGCCUCAACCAGGACAUGAUCCUAGAGGAGGUCCGCCGGCAGGUGCAAGUUGCGAUGAGGGGAAGGGAUCAAGAGGUUGCAGCUUUGAGGCACAAGAAUGAGCAGUUGGAGUUGGCGCUGAAGGAGAAACUUCAGCAGUGCGUGGAGUACAUCCUUCUGGCAACCUUUCAGGAGCAGGUGGAGGGGAUCUUCACAACUGGGAUGCGACAGCUGCAACAAGUGUACUUGGGUCGUGCGGAUGCCAAGGACUCAGAGAUGAAGGUUGGAAGUGCUGAGCUUCCUGAGAUGCCCCCUGUCGGCCCUGAGUCGGCCGUGGCUUUUAGUGAUUGGUUGUAUGAAGUCGAACAGGCAGUUGGUGGUUUGAGUGACAAGGCCAGCGACUGGUUCGGCAUGUGUUUGCGUUUGGCCCAGGACACCUACGAGAUUUACCAACAGAGCGAUCCGUUGGCAAGGUUGUCGUUGGAGCCGAAACGGAGCAGCGACCUGGCAGAUGCCAAAUGGUCGCGCCUUGAAAGGCGAGUCUUGACUAUGCUGUUGGGAACUUUGCAAAAGGCGGCGAAGGACGAUGCGGUGACGCAUCGAAUAUCGUCGGUGCCUGCCCUUUUGUUUAGACUGCAUGUGCUGUAUGCUCCAGGGAGUUCAAGUGAGCGAGCGGCCAUACUACGUCAACUUGAGGGCUCUUCGGCGGGUUUGGGCUUGGCCGAAACAGUGACGGCGCUCCGGAAGUGGCGUCGCCACCUUCAAAGGGCCGAAGAAAUGAAGGUAUCGGUCCCUGAUGCUUCGUUGCUUUUGAGAAGCAUUGAAACGAUAGCAGGAAGAGCCAUCGAUGCGAACCAGGACGUGAAGUUCAGACUGGCUCUAUCCCGAAAUCAACUACAGCUACAGUACCGUCCCAACUACCACAGCGUCUUGAGCUACUACAACCACGUGCUAGCAGAGCUUCAACAAGAGACUACAAAGCUGAAGGCAGCGAAUGCUACUGGAGCCGGAACAGGUGAGACAACUUCGCCUACGCGGAGGGGUGGAGGCCAGCUGGCCACGACUGGGAAUAAAGUUCCGUGUCGUUUCUUUGCGGGUGACAAUGGAUGUACAAAGGGAAGCUCAUGCAAGUUCGACCAUACGUUUGCGAGCAAGGAGGCAAAGAAGGCGAAAUGUUGGCAUUGCGGUUCGGUGAGUCACACUCAGAAGGACUGUCCAGUCAAGGCUGGGAAGGCUUCUCCGCAAAGGCCCUCGUCAUCUACUACAACGAUUCCUACUACCUCCCCACAGGGUUCAAUGCCAACGACGCUCAAUCAGGCCGCGGUGCAGCAUCAACAAGCUGUCUUGGAAUCCCUGCAGGCUUCUUCGAGCUCGGGUUCCCAGACGGCGGCUUCAACUUUGGGAGCGACCGGAACAACGGCAGCUAUCGGUUCAGUACCUCAGCAGCCUGUGCCCAACUCUACGGAAGGAGAUGAAAGAAAGGCACAGGAGAUCACCGCUCUUCUACAGGAAGCCAACGCUAUGCUCAACAAGCUGACGAAGUUGCAGGCCAUCCAGGUGGUCACGGAUACCAGUGUGCAAGCAUUGUCGGCUCAGAUGAGAAGUUUGGGCAUAGAUGAUGAUGAAAGAAUGGCGUUGCUCGACUCAGGCGCUUCCCAUCCCUUCCGAGAUCGGGCUGAACACGAUGUGAUGCCGGAAUGCCCGGUGAGAGUGGAUCUUGCAGGAGGCCAGUCGGUAACACUCCAGCAGAACCAAGCAGGAACGCUCAUGCCAACAACCACGGCCAAGGACCCACAGGAUGUUUCAACUAUAUUGCCCCUAGGGGCACUGGUCCAGACUCUCGGGUGUGAGCUUUCAUGGACGAGAAGGGGCGGCUUGAAGAUCGUCCACCCUCAACAUGGAACACUGCGGACGGUGGUGCGUGGAAAUUGCCCGCUGAUUGGGGAGACCCAAGCUCUGGACCUUAUCCAUCAACUUGAACAACGGAAGCUCCAAGAGUUGAGACAGGCUACAGCGGAGACCUUCCUCAACACCCUGGCGCUUGAAGAGGUGAAGGCUUGGGAUGAGUUGUUUGCGACUUUUGUGCAGACUGGUUCCCGUGCCCACCUAGCAAGGUCUCUUGAAAGCUCUGGAUGCCCACUUCAAGGUCUGGAUGGAGCCUUAAGGUCUCUGUUAUCUGUGGAUGUUGACUUGGGAGAUGAGGCAGGAAAGAAGUACAUGAAGGCUCUCCCUGUUCGGCGAUCACAAAGGCGUGCUUUGUUGACCAAGAGAUGGGUGGUGCGCUUAUAUGAGAGAGAAGGCGAAUCCUCAGAAGACUUCAAGCUUUUGGAGACGAAGGACACCAUGGUCUUCAACGUCAAUGUUCAUCGAAGCCGGGCGUUUUCAAUGAAGGGCAACAGUGCAGCCUACAAGGUUUUGGUGUGGGGUGCAUGCAGAGGACAAGUUGAAGGAGUUGUUGGCGCCCCACCUUCGAAUGAUUCGCAGGAGCUUGGAACGAAGCAGCUUCUACUUUGGAUGCUGGCUAAGGAAGGUGCUCGGCAACAUCGUGUGUUGAGCCCAUACCUGGCUAUGACGGCGUCGCCGAAUUCAGGCUGGUGGAAGUCAACCAUGUGGCAAGGUUUUCAGAGAGAAUAUCAAGUUCCUGUUCAACAGGUUUCGCCGCAUGGAGAAUCCAAAUGCUACUGUGUUGCAACAACGCUGGCGUUGUCAGGUGAAGAUGCUGGAUGGGGUCCGGGAGUACAGCCCGCAAGUGUGGACUGUCAUCGAUGGUCAAGGAGCUUUGUCACGAUGAUCGUUCAGGGAGCUCACCUUUGGAGGAGGAGACCGGAGCCGCUGAUGUUAUGCAGUGGACUCGCGAACACCGGCGAGAUGAGCGCAGAGGAACUGCGGAGGUGGAAACGGCAUGUUCAGAACGGACAUUUGCCAUACAACAGACACUGCAAGACUUGCGUGGAGACGGCGGCGACGGGGCGAAGCCAUCGACGGCUAGUGGCGCCAAGUUGCUACAACCUAUCGAUUGACCUCGCGGGCCCUUUCAGGGUUAAGGGUGAGACGGCGGACCAAAAGGGUUUCCGAUAUGCUUUGGUGGGCUGCUACGUCAUGCCGAAGAUCGUGGGCUUCAAGGAUUACCAGAUUCCUGAAGAAUGCGGUGAAGAAGGAGAUGGUCCAGGAGGAGUGGGAGAUAUUCCGUUGGAUCCGGAUGACGACUUCUUGAAGGAGAUCUACGAAAGGGAACGGGAGGUAUCUCGAGAGGAGGAGGAAGGAAUGAACCGGGCCAACGAGGAGUACAAGAAGUUGUUUGCGGACCUCAAGGACACCGUCGAGUACCAGAAUCUCCACUUCAUGAUCCCCCUAAAGACCAGGACUGCUCCUGAAGUUGAGGCGGCGAUCCGCUUGCUGUACGUGCAGCUCAGAUCUGAAGGGCUACCACUACAACGUGUUCAUAGUGAUCGUGCACGUGAACUUAGGGGAGAAGGAAUCAGAAAAUGGCUGUUGGAACGGGACGUGUACCCAACCACUGGAGAGGCACAAGUGCCUCAGACAAAUGGCAAGGCGGAGCAGGUCGUGAAGCAGUUGAAACGGCGUGCAAGGACCUUGUUACAGUGUUCGGGACUCCCUACGUCGUGCUGGCCAUUGGCUAUGGGACAUGCAGCUUGGGCACAGAGGGAAUGCGCACUUGAAAGGGCGAGCUCGGUGAUUCCUUUUGGGGCCCAUGUGAACAUCAAGGCCAAGGUCUUUGGACAGGGAGGAAAGUUCGACUUGAACAACAAGUGGGACAGCGGAUGUUUCGUUGGGCCCUCAACCGAGCUCCGUGGCGGCUUUGUGGUAAGAGACAAGAACGGGAGGUACUUGACUACAAUGCACAUGAAAACCAAUGUUGUGGACGUUGAUGAAGUGGUCAAACCUGAUGAAGCAGAAGCUGUUUUACCAAUGCCGUCGCGACGAGUAAGAAAGAAAACCGUGCUAUACGAAGUACCGGAAGAUGAAGUCCACCCACCAACCAGAGAUUCAGCACCGGAAGGCUCAAUGCUGGGUCCGACAGGGAAGUUCGAAGUACCUGUAGGUGAAGUUCACCCACCAACGAGAGAUUCACCGGAAGGCACGAUGCUGGGUCCAUUAGGGGAAGCAGUAGUACCCGAACCGUUGGAUGCGUCUGGUCUGGGUGUUCGAGAAGAUCUAGAACCACCUCAUCGGAGGGUCACAGGAAAGACUCGUUUGGCAGCGAUGCUUCCUCUUUCAGACUUGGAGCGUGAGAUAGAGGACCUUGCUUUGAGCUUCGACUUGGACGAAAGGUACGAUGAGGCCGCCGUUUUGCAGAUAUUUGAGAUGUUGGAAGGGACAAGGCCACAAACCUCAAAGGCAGGGAUCCGGAAGUCAAAAACCCCAUCUACAUCCUGGUCUACUGGCAUGUUCACACAUGGUGGAGUUUCCGGCCUCAGGACAACGGCAAGAAGAAUGCCUACUACCACAAGUUUCUUGGUGAAGGCCGCGAAGGAGAUCACAGGGAAUGAUUGUUUCGGAGUGGUCGCUAUCACAAGGGGCGCGAGCAUGAAAGUCCAUCGAGACUCCCACAACUGUCCCUCAACCCAAAAUACAUUGGCUGCGCUAACGGAGUUUCAAGGUGGCGGAGUUUGGAUUCAAGAAGAAGGCGGAGGGGAAUCUCGAGAAGUUUCGCCUGGUCGUUGGGUUGAUGGGAAGGUCCAUGAACUACAUCCAGGAGAGCCUCUGUUCUUCAACCCGAGAGCGUGGCAUGAGACACAAGAUUAUUCAGGUGACAGGAUCGUGAUCAUGACUUACACCCCGAGGCUGUCGAAGCUAACUCCAGAAGGACGCCGAGAUCUAGAAGAUUUGGGUUUCAGAGUUCCAGAUUGGAAUUUUUCCAGACCUGCUCCAAGGCUCCAGCCGUUGAUCAUGAAGCAGGAGUACAUUAUUGAUCGAGAUGGAUCGUUGGAGUCUUUUCCGGUGAGCCAAGAAGGGGAAAUGGAACACAUGGAGAUCGAUGGCGUGAUGUUGCGGUUGAAUGAGAUCCAGCAAACAAUGAUGGACAACAUGUUGGACAGAUCCUCUUUCCUACAGGAUCUACUUGAGGAGGAGGAGGAACGCUUGAAGGAUAUCCACGAUGCUCAACAUGAGUGCCUUCAAGAUGUGAAACAGGUUCAUGGUGAGAUUAUGCAGAUGUUGGACGCUAUGGUAGCGAAGAUUCAACGUGAGCGAAGGGUCCAAGAUGAAGUUUUCCUCAAGGCGGCGAAUGUGCAGACGGACCACCAGGACUAUGAGAAGCUCCUUGAGGAUUUAGAAGGGGACUUACAAGUGACUCAUACAGUGCCCCUACAGCAAGUGAAGCCAGUGGCGGAAAAAUGGAAGAGUGCCAUCGAGAAGGAGCUGAGCAACCUGUUUGAGUCCACUGGGACGCUCAAGCGGAUCAAGUUGUCAGAGGCUCGCCAGUUGGAGGCGCAAGGAAGGCUCAAGCUUGUGCCGAGCAAAGGGGUCUACACCCUUAAACCCCCUUCAUCCAAGGGUGGUGGGUUUCGAAGAAAGUACAGACUUGUCCUAUGUGGAAACCAUGUGACACCUUCUGAUGAUCAAGGCUCUCUCUACGCCGGCGGUGUGGGCGCUGAAUCACUACGGGCGCUACUUGCGGCAACCUCACCUCGAGGAUGGCGUGGGGCAACCACUGAUAUAACAGCGGCUUUCCUUCAGGCCAUAUGGCCAGAGUCGAUGCCAAUGUACGCGGUGCUACCCCCAAAGCUGCUACAAGAACUUCACUACGCUGAGGAUGGAGAGGCAUGGCUGGUUUUGAGACCACUGUAUGGACUACGUGAAUCACCCUCGAUCUGGUCCUCUCACAGGAAUGAUCGACUUCGAACCCUUGAUGUGCCCCAUAAUGGAGGACGACUUUAUCUACAACAAUCAAAGGCCGAUGCAGAGCUCUGGUUCGUGAUGUUUCAGAGUAAGGAUGAGGCCCCCAGGUUAGUGGGCUUGGUUGUGACCUACGUCGAUGACAUCUUCUACAUUGGUCCUGUGAAGAUUGUGGAAAAGAUCCAUGGUUGGGUGAGUGCCGAAUGGCCCUGCUCAGGGCUUGAGUGGGCGAGUGCCCCUGAAGGCAUUCGAUACCUUGGGAUGGAGGUGUAUCAAAGAGAGUCUGGAGAGUAUGAGGUGACGCAGCAAGGCUACAUCAUGGACCUGAUUCGAGCGCACGAUCUACUACAGGCGCCGCAAACGCUACUACCAUGCCCGAAGGAGUGGAUCACAGAUGACGUGGACCCAGAGCCGGAGAACUUCACGGAGGGAGACCUACGUUUUGCUCAGAGGCUGAUCGGAGAACAGCUAUGGCUUGCUAUGAGGUGCAGACCGGACAUUCACUUCAUCGUCAGCUACAUGUCGAGUUGGGUGAGCAAACAUCCAAUUCGCAUAAGCAGGAUUGCAAUGCGUGUGCUCUCCUACUUGCACAAGACGGCCGGGAUGAAGAUGAUCCUUGGACAGCCGGCGAGGUUUCCGGAGGAUGACAUCGAUGACAGCAGGCAGAGCUCAAGCAGCCAAGGCAAGCAAACGAGCACCACAACAAACAGCCAGCAGCGCAACAACAAGGUUGGUGGUGGGUUUGAUAAUCUAAAAAUAGUAGAUAAUGCAUCUGCUGUGGCCAUGUUGAAUGGAGGAUCCGGGAGCUGGCGAACGCGUCACUUGAAAGUGCGUUCAGCUUUUCUGCUUGAAAGGAUUCAGAAGAAGUGGCUGUUGGUGGAGCAUAUUGAGGGCAUGCUACAGAAGGCGGACUUGUCAACCAAAGUUCACUCGAAGCUUCGUUUGUGGGCACUUCUGAAACUGUGGAAGUUUGAGGGUUUGCCAUCGGAAGCCGAGACAAUGGUUUUGAUGAGGAUGCUAGCAGCGGCAUGUGUUGCGAAGGCGUUUGAAAUGAUUCCGAAAGCAGAGGCGGCCUUGGAGGACAAUGAGGUGUCUAUGGUCUCUAGAGCUGGGGUGGAUGAGUUAUUGCUGUUCACAUUGCUGGCAUGCUUGGUUGCAGUGAUGGUCUGGGAAGGAUUGAAGAUGCUAUCAAGACGUGUUUGGACAUGUUGCUGUAAACCUGGACGGGGAAAGAAAGCACAAAGGCUUAAAAACCUGGCCAAGGCAGCGGCAGAGGCAGAAGUUGAUCGAGCAUUCACACCCGAGCGACGACAGGAGGCCUCGUCAUCGUCAUCUACGAGUUUACCGAGGUUUGCACCGAGCAGAACUACUACGACGCAGCUCACAAGGACUACAAGUACCCAAACGCCGGACUGGGAAAUCACAAGAGGACCGGUGCCUACAGUUGCGACGCCCCCUCGGGAGGCGCACAAUGCUGCGCAUGAGGACACGCUGUACGCAGCGUUCGAUGGACCGUUUUACCGGUCGGAGCAUGGAGACACAAUCCACACUCGUGGGGACUGCUACGGUUUCAGACUUGCGACAUCAAGAAUCAUUCAGCAGAGGUUGUGCGCAUGGUGCAACCGAACAGAUCCUGUGUUCAGGCGAAGGAAUGAUGCUCGGAGGACCUUGAGGUUCCAGAACACUGGAUGA